CUACUCUCUCGCGCUUUCUCUCUCUCUCUCUCUCUCUCUGUUGAUGGUAAGCGAGGAUCCAGUCUCUCUCUCUCACACUGUCUGAGUCGUCAGGUUUUCUUUUCUCUCCUCCUCUUCUCCUCCGGCUCUUGUUAUGACCCAUUUCAGGAGUGACUGCCACCGAGACAGACACACUGGGAUGAACACCGAGCAGAGAGCUGGUCGCACCGCGUCAGCCAAGAGAGGAAGCGGUGCCCCCAUCAGAUCCGACUAUGAGAUCGAAUACGACAGAUACCCUGAGGACUACUAUAACAGGGUAUUCGACUACCAGCGUGUCCCAUCCUCAGUCCCAGUGGAUCCCAGCCCCAUCAAGAGGCCCCGACCUUCCUCCUCCUCUUCCUCUUCCUCCUCCACAGCAGCUCUGAGGAUGAAGAGCAACAGAGCAUCCAGCAGGACCAACAAAACACUCAGCCUUGCCUCCAGCAGCAGCAAAGCCAAAUUGAAGAUGACAGAGCUUCUGGCCAUUAAGAGGGAGUUGACAGUGAUCAAGGUUCAGAUCGACAGCCUGUUGGACCGUGUGGACAAAAUGGACAGACAGAGGAAGGACUGCUCAGAGUGUCCUCAGAGCAGGGAGCCCAGUGUGUCAGGCUCUCCUCACCGGGGUUCAGUCAGCAGUCUAGAGAGAGAAAGUCCUGAGCCAGGAGAGGCCAGCGAGGACGAGCAGCUGCACUACCAGCACUACUACCCCCACAGGAUAAAGCAGCAUCAGUCUGAUCUGGAGGACGACCUGUGAUGCUGCAGCUCAGAAACGGACGCUUGAAUUGAUAACAGCUGGGAUUGAAAAUGCUACGAGGAGGCGCUGGCAUUAUCAACUUCAGAUCGACCCCGCUCCACAUCUGAACCAGUCACAAUCAUUGAUGCCUUCUUAGUUCUCGUCUCCAUUCCACAGUACAAACAAAAUCCCACGUGUACCUGAUCUGAUGCUCCGUGCUAACAUAUCGACACACGGGGCACAGUAACUAAAUGUAUAUGUUCCCUGUAAAGCACCAUAGAUGAUUUCCUACCUUUCAGGCAGCCAUUGAGUCCACUACAGUAAUUGCUGUACAAGCAAUUUAUUUUUAUUUUAUUUCACCCUUGCAUAUUGAUGCGAUCAAAGAUGAUCCAGCAUCUUAAAAUGUUUACCUUCCCAAAAGUAACAAAUUCAUGAGCUAUGUUUGCCAGAUUUUCAGUUGUCACACAUGCACCAUCCGGCCCUGAUUAUAAACUCUGCUACAGCAGUGAGGCCAAAAGUAUGUACUAUACAGUGCACACAUAUAUAAACUACAUGUCUGUGAAGACCGUACGAUAUUUGUUCCACAGUAUGAUAAAAAAACAACUAAAUCAUAUUGGUCUCAUUUAUUCCUCUAAGCAGUUUCUGCCCAUGUUGUGCUCCAUUCAGAUCUAUGUUAAUAAAGUAAGUGUGGCAGCAGCUGGCAGCUCCUUAUCACACAGUUUAUUUUCAUCAGACCUGUGGUUAUUAUGUGUAACCAGCUGUGUACAGGACUGCUUUACCGUUCUGUUAUUAAGGCUCAGUGAGCACGCUUUUGCAAAUCCACCCAGGAAAUCAGUCAUAAACUGAUAGACUAUCAAUUUCCUGACAUUCGUAUUAACUCUGAAAUAAAAAUGCCAUGUUGUGGAUAUAAAUUGGAAGAUUUUCCACCACCCAUGUUAUAACUUGAGCUAAUGUUAUAUGAUAUUCUUGACAUAAAUGACAUUCUCACA